GGUGAAUUCGGAAGGCAAAGCCAGCCCUCUGUCACUCCUUCAAAUGGCCUCCCCAAGUGGCUUCUGUGUCUUAGUUCGCUUGCCAAAGCUGAUCUGUGGAGGAAAAACACUACCAAAAACUUUGUUGGACAUUUUGGCAGAUGGCACUAUUUUAAAAGUUGGAGUAGGAUGUUCAGAAGAUGCCAGCAAGCUUCUGCAGGACUACGGCCUCAUGGUUAAGGGGUGCCUGGACCUCCGGUACCUAGCCAUGAGGCAGAGAAACAAUUUGCUCUGUAAUGGGCUCAGCCUGAAAUCACUUGCUGAGACGGUUUUGAACUUUCCACUUGACAAGUCCCUUCUGCUUCGUUGUAGCAACUGGGAUGCUGAGAAUCUUACCGAGGACCAGGUGAUUUAUGCUGCCAGGGAUGCCCAGAUUUCAGUGGCUCUCUUUCUCCGUCUUCUUGGAUACCCUUUCUCUAGGAAUUCAACUCUAGAUGAAAACGAUGACCACAUGGGCUGGAGAAAAGUCUUGGAAAAUUGCCAGGAUGUGGUAGACAUCCCAUUCCGAAGCAAAGGACUCAGCCGACUUGGGGAAGAGGUUAAUGGGGAAGCAGCAGAAGCUCAGCAGAAGCCAAGACAUAAGAAGUCUAAGACAGAUGGAAUGAUGGCAGGCAACCACCAAGGGAGAGAUCCCAGAAAGCAUAAAAGAAAGCCCCUGGGGGUGGGCUAUUCGGCCAGAAAAUCACCCCUCUAUGAUAACUGCUUCCUCCAUGCUCCUGAUGGACAGCCCCUCUGCACUUGUGACCGAAGGAAAGCUCAGUGGUACCUGGACAAAGGCAUUGGAGAGCUGGUGAGUGAGGAGCCUUUUGUGGUCAAGCUACAGUUUGAACCUGCAGGAAGACCCGAAUCUCCAGGAGACUAUUACUUGAUGGUUAAAGAGAACCUGUGUGUAGUCUGUGGCAAGAAAGACUCGUACAUUCGGUGAGUGUGGGGUUGGGCCACCCAGACUCUGCCUCUGAUGGAAACUGCCUUUGUAGCCACAUGUGGAGCUCUCAGGUCUUGGUUGAAUCUGCCAACUUUGGCUGAGACUUGUCUGUAGGGGUCAUCCCAGUUUUCCUGAGAACUUCUCCCCUCUGUGUGGUCCUGCUGUCGUGCUCUCCUGCCUAUCCUGAGCCCUGUUCUUGGUUUUAAGAAUGCAGUACUCUUCUUAGUAACAGUUUGCCAUAAAGAGAGUGGUUCCCCUUUGCUCAUAAAAGACUGGGGACCCAUUUCCUUCAGAAGCUGCCUUUCUCUUUGUGUCCUUAUAAUCUUCCCAUGAGUGGCUCACAACUUUCUGAGCCUUGAUACUGUUCAUGGAGUGCAGGCAUACCUAGGCAUACCUCAGAGGUAUUGCAGGUCUGUUCCCAGCGCACCAUCAUAAAGCAAAUACCACAAUAAAGU